AUGUCAGAAAUCGUGCCUUUUACGAUCAAUGUCCCAGAUGCGCUGCUAGAGGAGACGAGAGUCAAGCUCAAGUACGCUCGUCUUGACGAUGCCAUGGUAUCCGUUGAAUGGGACGACCUUGAGAUCGGCCACACCGCGUUCAUGGAGCUCGUUCAGUUCUGGCGUGACGAAUGUGACUGGAAGAACUACGAAUGCUUCUUGAACACCUUCCAUCACUUCAAAACAACCAUACAGGUGCCCGGCUUUGAGGCCCUAGGUAUUCACUUUACUUUACCAUCGGUCAUCGAGGCCAGGCGCCCGUCCGCUUCUGUUCCUACAUGGCUGGUCCCGAAGAAAUCGCCCCAGAAGUUCAUUCGAUUCCAGAACAAAGACUACGAUGAGCGAGACCUGAAGAAUAUGGAGAGAAUAAUCUGGUUUGCCGCGCACGAGCGGGGCUAUCAAAUUAUUCAGGAGACCAAGUGUGUGACGCUCGGCUAUGGCCUCCACGACUCCCCAGUUACGAUACUCGCAUGGUUCGUGGGCAAGCUCAAAGCUUGGACGGACGAUUAUCCAAGAACCAUGGAAGAGCUAAUUAACUGGACAUUCAUGCACUAUCAGGGUAGUCCGAGCGCUGCGAUGCAGAUUUACAAAGAGGCGUUGGCUGUCGUGAACGAUGAUCCAGACAGCAUGGCCAAACGCUACGUUUCGCAACCAGUCGGUGGUUCUGUUUUCCCUAAGGAGCUAUGGAUGUCGCCUCGCGAGCGGAUGGAGAAGACUUAUAACAUUCAGUUCUGGCGGCAGAAGGACAAAGGCGGGCACUUUGCUGCUUGGGAACAGCCAGAAACUCUGGUGAACGAUCUGCGAGACUUCUCUGCAGCUGAGGGUCCAGUAUUUGGGAAGCACUGA